AUGUCCGCGGUAAAAGAGUACGAGAAGGUAAGCCGUAUUAAGCCUUCGGUUAUUUUGUAGGCUUCCUCCACCAGCUUCAGCAGAACUAAGAGCGAAAGACUGCCGGCGACCCAUCCGCGGGUUGAUGCAUUGAAGUACCGUUAUGUCUACUUUACAUGCUGUCAUUCCGGAGUUUUUCGCAGUUGCAGCUCCAAGAAAAAAACAGCGUAAGCGACCAUUGCUUUGCAUCAGGCGAUUUAGUUCUCUGAAGUUUGGAUGUACAGCCCGCUUCACCGCCGUAGUGAUUGGGGACGAAUUGCACGUGGAGGCGCUAAAUUUGCGCCACAACGACGUAUGCAGUCGACAGAUGGCCUCCGCCUACCCCAAGUUGCGGCGAUUGGCGGAGCAAGACGAGAAAAACCUGCUGCGGUUGAUGCAGCAGAUGCGCCCAUCUGCAGGACGGCUGAAGGCGUACAUGAAAAGUAAGAUUACGUUCUCCAAACACAGUCGUACGUUGCUAUGGUCUUAAUUGCAAAAUGAGGAACCUAGCCAACAUGCGCCGCCGGCUGUUUCGGAGUGAUCCAACUGUAAGGGGUAUGAAGAAUGCUCUGUACUCAAUGAGGGGUGGCUGCGACCCCGAUUUUUUUUUACGAUGAUUCGCGGGGCAUGUGCUCUACGAAAUCGGUUCUGCGGGCCGCCUGCUUUACGACGCCGGCUCUGCGGGCGACGUACUCUGCGUAUCCGGAGGUUGUCCAAAUGGACGCUACCUACCGGACCAAUAGGCAGGGGUGUGCAUUGUACCACAUUGUGGUAACUGAUAAGCAUGGGCACGCUCAGUCCGUGUUCUACGCGUUUUUAACUCAGGACGACGCCGUUAGCGUACGGUGGGUAGUAGAUAAAUUUAGGGAGAAGAUGGGGUCUGCUACUGAUAACUUACGCACAGUGUUUAUAUACAAGGAUGCAAAAGAACUGAAGGCCUGGUGGGAGGUUUUUCCUGGAACUCAGGUAGCCGUCCUUAUUUGCACAUUUCAUGUGCUCCAGGCCUUCAAGAGAAAGGUCAGACGCGUGUAUAAAGACGUAAGGUCUGAGCAUGCUUUUGACCUUUUUCGUAGGGCUGUGUAUGCAUCCUCCUUUAAGUUUUCCAAAUUACAGUUUAAUAGCUUUAGGCAAUUUUUCCCCGAGCCCUGGCCGUAUACUGUGGUCAACUGGUGGCGGUGCAGACGCCCGUGGGCCCAUUACGCUCGGCGUAGUCUUUUGACGUACGGCGACAAUACCACAAAUAAGAUAGAGAGUGCUAAUCGUGUCUUAAAGCAGUGGUGUAGACCCUAUAUGUCUCUCACCGACUGCGUUCAUAGCAUAGUUAACUUUUUGGAUUCAAAGACCGUAGACAACGAGCGGCUGGAUGCCGAUGAGUACUGCCGCCGCAGGCACUACAACGGACUAACCCCGCAUGUCACCAAACUAUGUCAAAUGCUGACUGGGUAUGCCUCAGAAGUCGUGCUGAGUCACGUGUCCGCAAACGCCAAUGUAAGGCUUUGUAGUGAGACCGUGGACACGUGCAGCUGUCGGUUCCAUCGGAACUGGCAGCUGCCGUGUGUACACAUAAUCAAUUACAUUGAACAGAACAAUGUUGACCCCUGCUGGGCUCUUUUAAAGAGCAGAUGGGUCUUUCGAUUAGAUGUCUGUGAGAUGCCCGUCACUGGCGAGAAUGUUGACCCGGAGGCCGUAACGUCCUUCCAGGCUGACAUUCUCGUCAGCAAAGGGCGAGGGCCGUUUACUGAGGACUACAAGUACAGAGUAGCCAUGCGACACGUACAGCCUAUUGUGGAGAAGUUAAAGAGUUGUGGCAGUCGACGCUUCGAGGAGUUGUUGCGGGAAGUUGAUGAGUUCGCCAACUGGAUCAUGAAUGCCCCGUCUGGUGGUCUACAUGGGUCGCCUGUCGACCUCCCUCCACAACCGAACGUUGAUGAAAUGGGGGAUGACACGAGCGACGAAGUCGUUCGUUGUCAGGUGAGAGAGGAGGGUGAUGUGCUAAUCGCGCAGUGGGGCUCAAACCAAGACCCUUCUGUACGUGUUUUGCGCAAUGACUCGUUGCUCCCCAACUUCCACAUUCGUGGCCGGCCAUGUAUGCGACGCUCCUGGGCGACCCGCAAACCUCUGAGAAGUCGUCCGACGAACACAACUGUCUCCACGAAUAGUGCAAGCACAAGUCGAAUGCGCAUGGACUCUGGCAUACCCAGUCGGCAUUUGGACGAACGGGCCGUGGCCAUAGAUGAUAUCCCGUUUGUAGAUGCGUGUGGUGUCUGCGCCGGUAAUACCAUGGUAAGUAGGGGGACCAUCUUCAAAUGCGUCUGGUGCCAACGCAAGUUCCACGAACUUUGUGUCGAAAACCCGCAGGUCUGUGAUAGGUGGCUAUGCACCUUUUGCACCGCUCUAACCGGUGGAUGUGAGUGAGACUGUGAAAAAUCUAGUGGCUGUGAUCUUAUUUUAUUGUGCUUUUUGAGAUAGAGCAGUAAUUUAGCGUUCCGUGAUAUCUCAGUACGGCUGUGAUCUGCGACUAUGAUAGCAUCAUAGUCUUCUAGAUUUUAUUUUGCUUCGCAACUUUUGCGCAAGUUAGCGUUCUGUGCUAUCUUGGUGCGUCUGUGACCUCUUACGUGACUGUGAUAGUAUUUUAGUUUUGUUGAUUAUAUUUUAAUUUGUAACUUUACGUAACCUGUGCGUAAGUUAUGAGCAACAGACCCUGUCACACCCUUUCAACAAACGCGUAACACGACAAUGCAUUACCCCGGCCAAGGCGAGCCCAUAUUCAUGAAAGGUGCCAAGACCCACCAGCACAGGUAAGAAUGCACUAUAAUUCCUUACUGUGUGUUGACAUUCAGUUCUUUUAGUUAAAAAAAAGAGAGCAGUGGAGAUGAAAACCCCAUGGUACGCAGAUUAGUUUAGUCCCGUCAAUCGUGUGUCGUAAUCCCCGCCUUUUGUAGCUAACCGUCAUGUGGAUCACCCGAAGAGGAAGCCUUCUCGAAGCCAUCGACGGCCCGCGAUGCACCCAGCGAAGCGAAUCUCUGCAUUGUUGA